GUGGUGAAAAAAAUGGAUUCGAUAGAAGACUGGGAUUUGCUGGAUUAUAGUUUCAUCGAAAAAAAUACAUUGCCGAAUGUAGUUUUGCCCAAUUACAGUGGUAGAGAAAUUGAAUUCUUAUCUGGAAAUGUUGUGCAUCGAGAAAAGGAUUUCGUCGAUGGAGGUUGCCCGUGGAAGAUGCGACGCAAUGGAUCAUGUAGCAGGCUAGGGACCAAAGCUUGCCGUGAGAAAUUAAGACGGGAGAAAUUGAAUGAAAGGUUUAUGGAUCUAAGCUCUAUUUUAGAGCCUGGGAGACCUGCCAGGACUGAAAAAUCCGCAAUACUAGAUGAUGCAAUUAGAGUUUUGACCCAACUAAGAACCGAGGCUCAGGAGCUCAAAGAAACAAAUGAAAAGCUAUUGGAGGAAAUAAAAAGUUUAAAGGCUGAGAAGAAUGAAAUUCGUGACGAGAAGCUUGCACUGAAGGCAAAUAAUGAAAAGUUAGAGCAGCAGCUGAAAACGUUGACUGCCUCACCAGCUGGAUAUCUUCCUGCUCACCCAGUAGGGUAUAAUGCUGCAGCCAACAAGAUGGCAGUUUUUCCGGGUUAUGGUUUUGUCCCAAUGUGGCAAUAUUUACCUCCAUCAGUACAGGAUACGUCUCAAGAUCACGAGCUUAGGCCCCCGGCAGCGUAGUGUGCUUUUCUUCAUUUUAUGAAUA